CUCAUGUCUCCAGUGUUUCAGGAUGUCCACGUUAUGAUCUUCAUCGGCUUCGGGUUCCUGAUGACCUUCCUGAAGAGAUACGGGUUUAGCAGCGUGGGCUUCAACUUACUCCUGGCUGCCUUCGGCCUGCAGUGGGGCCUCCUCAUGCAGGGCAUCUGGCACAUGGAUAAUGGCAAGAUCAAAGUCAACAUCUUCAAAAUGAUCAACGCAGACUUCAGCACAGCUACGGUCCUGAUCUCCUUUGGAGCUGUUCUGGGUAAAACCAGCCCUGUUCAGCUCCUCAUCAUGACCGUACUGGAGAUCACCAUCUUCUCCAUCAAUGAACACAUUGUGGCCAAACUGCUCGGAGCUAAUGAUGUUGGAGCAUCCAUGAUCAUCCAUGCUUUUGGAGCCUACUUUGGCCUGGCAGUGGCUCGAGUGCUUUACCGACAAGGUUUAAGAAACGGACAUGAGAAUGACGGAUCUGUUUAUCACUCUGAUCUGUUUGCUAUGAUUGGAACCGUCUUCCUGUGGAUGUUCUGGCCCAGUUUUAACUCGGCCAUCGCUGACCCGGGCUUCACUCAGCUCACAGCAGUGAUCAAUACCUACUUCUCCCUGGUUGCCUGUGUGCUCUCUGCCUACGCCAUCUCCAGCCUCGUGGAGCACAAAGGAAAACUGGAUAUGGUGCACAUUCAGAAUGCCACAUUGGCUGGUGGGGUUGCCGUGGGAACAUGUGCUGACAUGAACAUCGGGGCAUUUGGGACAAUGCUGAUUGGAUUAGUGGCUGGCAUCAUCUCUUCCCAGGGCUUCAAGUACCUAAGUCCCAUCCUGGCAUCCUACCUAGGUAUCCAAGAUACCUGUGGUGUCCACAAUCUGUACGGCAUGCCUGGCAUCCUGGGUGGGUUGGCUGGUAUUGUUGCAGUUGCUCUAGGGAAAAAAAGAGGGGGUGAUGCUGCCAUGCAAGCUGCUGCCUUGGGUUCUUCCCUUGCGUUCGCUUUGGUUGGAGGUGCUGUUACAGGUUUAAUAAUGAAGUUGCCGAUCUGGGGACAGCCUCCAGACAAGAACUGCUUCAAUGACUCUAUUUACUGGGAGGUUCCUGGUGAGGAGAAUGAGAGCUUGGCUCACAGCGAUCACUCAAAGAACAAAGCAGAGGCUUAAAUAUCUGCCCACUGACCUAGAAAUUAAGUAACAGAUAAUUUAUCUGUUACACCAUGUCAGUACAUGUAGAUACUGUAGAAAUGGGUCACAUCAUAGCUUCACUGCUGAAACACACCU